UUGUAAAUGACGACUUGUUCUCGACGCAAGAGUUAGAACACGCGACAAUCACAUGCAGUAUGCGCGUCAGCGACCAUGACGACAGCUUCUCAAUUGUCAUCACUCAGCACGCUGUCCUCAAAGCGCCUGCCUCAGUCGAUAAAAUUCCCGUUCACAGCAUAUUCGCAUAAACAUGACCUGCUCGCCGUCGUAGUGGGACCAUCAAGCGGCGAGACAGCAUGGGAGGUUCAAGUCUUCCGCAUUCUUUACGGCCAAAUCGCGUUCUCCAUUAAACGUUCGGACGCUGCGUUCUCGGAGAAAGAAAUUGAAGUCACGGCCAUCUCCUGGAAACCAGAUGGAACCAGCCUUGGCGUUGGCUGGAGCGAUGGCAAAUAUGGCAUCUACGAUGGAGGAACUGGACGACAGUUGAGACUUGCGGAACUUCCUAUCGAGAGCUCAAAGGAAGAAUAUGCACUGGAUCUAAAGCUCCCGCUGAGCUUCCCGGAUCCCGAGGAUGAGUCGGAAGCGCGUGGCAGGUAUGUCGCGGUGAUGGGGUUCAUGGAGCAUCAGGUUCCAGAGAAUAAGAAGACAAAGCAGCAACGGAGUCCUUCGAACUUGUACUCUACUGAGGAUUGGUACGAAUCUAUUGACUCGAAUGAAGCGGAUGGCGGCAAUGCCUGGAGCAGUCUUCAGCAGUCAAAUGGAGACAAAGCUGUUAUGGAUUUGCCACGAGCAAUCGCGGCUCUGGACAUCGCGACAGUUUUACCUCGACUCAGUGCCAUACCAUCACAUGGCUUGGUGCAGCCAAAAUCUGGUGCCGGAGCCAGCAAGUUUGGAACUCAAGCUGCAGCCGACACUCAGUUCGAUGCCCAGAACAGCUCUAUACCUGGUGUGGUGCAAAGCCUCGUAGUAUGUCCGCAUGCCGGCACUGUACAGGUGCUUGUAGAUGAGACGGUCAACAUCGGUGACGUUGCGAGCACAGCGAAGCCGGUGGCGCACGCAGCUCACCCAGAGGUGUCGACUCAUGCUGUUCUUUGCCAAGGCAACGAGGAGGGAGAGCCGAUGCAAAUGACCUUUCUCGACUUGCCAUUGUCGACUUUGAACGGCUCUACUCUCCAUACGAUUGCCACGAAUACGAAACGCACACAGACCUUGCUCGACUACAUCGUCCAGACAGCACGAUGCAUACAAUUUGACUACGCAACAAACGUGGUUGUACCUUCACGUUUUGUCAAAGUCCUCGAGAUGGACUUGGAAGACAAACACCCGAACGAUGGCGAUGCGCUGGCAAAUUUGUAUCAUCUUGCCAUGACUGGGUCGUUUCACCCUCAAGUCUUGGAAUGGAUAGUCGACAUCGUGAAGGACACGAACAUCAGACGAUGGGAGACACACAUGAACACUUUGUAUGGUAAUAUACAAAGUCAUCUCUUCAUCAAUCUACUUCCUGCGCUUGAUCGGUUCAGUGUGGCGGUGACCGCUCUGCGAGGCCAGGCAAAAUACCAUGAGAAUGCGACCAGCUUCGACUGCUCACCAAAGUACUUCGAUGCGCUGCUGGAAAACAUCGACUGCAUACGGCUUGUUGCACAAAAGAUGCAGUUGAUAGUCCAAAGCGAGCACAGGCAAUUUCGAGCAUUUAGUAAAUGGCUCAAGAUGCAAGUGGACAUUGCAGUCGCGGAGCCGUUCUCACAGAAUGCCAUGGAGACAGAAGAACGAGAGGUUCCCAACAUCGAUUACGCUCUCGUGCUGACUUACAUCAAAAACAAUCUGCUGCAGAGUGAUCUCGCGGUCUUCAUCGAAAAUCGUCCGACCGCCCAAGAAGGCGCAACAUGCGAUAGAGAUGGCUUCAAGUCGGCAGUCCACAUUCGCGACAUGAGCUACGAACGUACAAAAGAGGUCGUCAGUCAAAUGAACAAGGGACAAGAACUCAAGGUCAAGGACGUCGCAGACCCAGAGUCCUUGGUCAAUCUUUCGGCUCUGGUGUGCGGUCUCAUUGGGCGCACAGACAUCGCAGUCAAGCAUGUCACUGAAUGGCAGAACAGACUGGUAUUUCCGCCCACCGAUCCACCCUCGAUCGUCCUGGACAGAUGGCCUGCCCAGAUCAAAGCACUGGGAAUGACGAUGAGUCCCUCAGGCAGAGACGGCUAUGUCACGAAUGUCCUCGGCAUUGAAAACAGUGCUAGCAACGAGUUGCAGCUUUUGUCCAUAGCAGCUUUGACAAGACCUGCCCGAUCCUCAGUGGGAAAUGGCAACAAUGCGGUAAGACGGCAGCGGCAAUGGACGCAACAGAAUCGUCAACUUUUCAUGCCUCCAGGGCUCGAAGGCGAGUUUCUGGAUGCGACAUUCGUGCCGUUCAGCACUUCUAUCAUCAUCGCAUUGCUUCGUGCAGAGCAAAUCGAAGAUGUGUUGCUUGUCGCAUACGGUAUUGGGGAGCUGGCGAGCGAAGCCCCUCGGAUCGUGCACCAAUUCUCUACUGACAAUGCGUUCCGGCCGGAGAAGUUGCUAGUAGGAGGAAGGCCUGGCAAACAGCUCUGCAUUGUGUUUGGGAACAAGGGUCGGGAGUGGAGAGCCCUCGACCUUCAAAGUGUGGCUGCAGUACGAAAGGGCGAAGACAUGGAGGUUGGCUGAACAGGUGUUUCAAAUACUCUUAGGCAGUAUCAGUGCCAGCUUCACGAAUAUGAAGAAGUGAGACAGACUACAGUUUUCUGUGCCACGCUGGCAGUUUGUACCUGUGGUAUGCAUGCCAGC